UACACAUUUUUCUAUCACGUUAUUUGUAGAAGUUCCAACGCAACUUUAGCAUAAUGUAAGUUGGAAACGACGACAAGGAAGCCUUAUAAUACGCAUUUAUGUCAAUAAUAGUGAGCAGGUGCAACCCAUGGCGCUCUGCGACAAUUCCAUUUUUAGUGUCGAUUGGCGCUAGAGCACAGCAUCGCUUUGGGCCUUUUCUUUACACAAAGCUACAACUUCGGUACAAGUCCCACUCAAAGACUCUUAAAAAGCAGGCCAUGGAGGAUAAUCUGUACGAAGCCGACGGUGUGCGAAUUGCUUAUGAAGGCUGUGGUCAUGGCACACUCGACGCAAUAUAUGCUUCGGUAGCCACUUCAUCUAAACAGAGAGGAUGGGAUGGUGUAGAUCUCCUAAUUAUUGGCGGUGAUUUCCAGGCUACUCGCAAUGCAGCGGAUCUCUCAGUUAUGGCGGUACCGGCCAAGUACCGCCGGCUUGGGGACUUUCCGGCAUACUAUAGCGGCAAGAAGAAGGCCCCAUACUUAACCAUCUUCAUCGCCGGAAACCAUGAAGCUAGCUCAUAUCUGUGGGAGCUGUAUUAUGGCGGCUGGGUCGCACCUAAGAUGUAUUACAUGGGCGCCGCCAACGUACUGCGCUUUGGCCCAUUACGCAUCGCAGCGAUGAGCGGUAUCUGGAAGGGCUACGAUUACCGCAAGCCGCAUCACGAACGUCUACCUUUCAACCAGGACGAUAUCAAGAGUUUUUAUCACGUACGUGAGUUUGAUGUGCGCAAACUCUUGCUGCUCCGCGAGCAAGUUGACGUUGGGUUGAGCCACGAUUGGCCAAGGGAAAUAGAGAAAUAUGGCGAUUAUUCUAAGCUGUGGAAGAUGAAACCUGAUUUCAAACAGGAGAGCGCCGAUGGCACUCUGGGGAAUCCGGCAGCUACAUAUGUUAUGGAUAGACUGAGGCCGGCAUACUGGUUCUCUGCACACUUGCACUGCAAAUAUGCUGCUAUCAAGACAUACGAGCCUCCAAAAGACGAAGAGACGCCUUCCGAUGAACCCGUAACAAAACAGGAAGAAAUUGUACCGGCCACGUCGGAAGAGGCAACCGCAAACCCAGAUGAGAUUGACCUUGAUAUGGAAGAUGAUGAGGAUGGCCACCAACUAGCCGAGCCAACUGAACCAGCUACUGCGGCCAACUCUACACAAGACACAAGCACAGGCGCUGCAGGCGGUGUAUCUGACGAACUUCGUGCACAACUUCCAGCAUCAUUUGCUGGACCGGCGCCAUCCGAACCAAAGGUCAUUCCGGGGCAGCCUGUCCCACCCACGAUAACAAAUACCACCACUCGGUUCCUUGCGUUAGAUAAGUGUAUCCCAGGACGCAAAUAUGUUCAAUUGUGUUCGCUAGCACCUGUCGACCCCACACACUUAACUAAGUUCCCGCCGUCGAAGAAUAAAAACCGACGUUACGUUCUACAAUACGAUCCAGAGUGGCUUGCCAUAACCCGUGUCUUCGCACCGCAUCUGACCAUAGGCGACCCCGAAGCCCAGACGCCUCCUGAUUUGGGAGAGGCGGCAUAUCGGCCACUGAUAGACAAAGAGCGCGCUUGGGUAGAGGAAAACAUCGUGAGCGCGGAUAAGCUGGUCGUGCCCAAUAAUUUCACUCACACCGCUCCGCCACACCGUCCCGGAGUUGACCCUGAGACGGUCAACUACCAGCCGAAUGAGUAUACGAACCCCCAGACCGCGGCCUUUUGCGAAUUGGUCGGUGUGCCGAAUCUUUGGGACGCGAGCCCCGAAGAGAGAGCAGCACGUAAGGAGAAGGGGCCAGCUCCUGAAGCGCCAAGGGUGAACCCAGGCGGCGGUGGGUCGAAAGGAGGAAAGCGCGGUGGCCAUAGGGGAGGACGGGGCGGCGGGGGGCGAGGUGGAAGUCGCGGGGGAUGGCAUGGGCGGAAAAACUGAUGUUGAGUUCUGAGAAUGUUCAUGUACAAACUACCUGGUAUAUGCUGAAUAUUGCAGACUGGCGUUUUACCCGGUAUUAUGUCUAUCAUCUAAUGGCAACGGCUUAGCUUACUCUUAGCAUUCAUAGUUCGUUGAAGACGUCUCUCCAUGGGCUUUAAAUUUUCACAUGUCUUGAUGACACCAGCAUUACCGUUGACAUGGGAGAGAAGAUUUGCAGACACAGUUAAUACAUAUAUAGGAAUAGAUUUGAUCGUCAAGUAGAAU